AUGAAAAUGAAAUUUUUCGUCUGUCUCCUAUUACUAUGGAUCAUCUUUUAUACUGAUGUGACUUACGCGCAAGAUUGUUCUCCAACAACAUGGACUACCUGGGCAUGUAGUGUCACUUGUGGAAAUGGAACGUUCACAAGAUCGAGAAACUGUACAACAAACACAACAGUACCUUGCUAUGGGUGUUGGGAAUUGCCUGCUAAUACAUCGUUCGAAGUUCAAAGAAUGAAUUGUUCACGAGAUCCAUGUCCCUUUUGUACAUGGACGAAUUUCACGGCAUAUCCAUGUUCGUCUUCGUGUAACACAGGCUAUCGACUACAAACGCGACAAUGCUUAACGUCUGACGGUCAACCAUGUGGUCUUUGUGAUGGUGAAGAUGUUGUAUCAGAACCUUGUGUAGAACAACCUGUCUGUGAUGAACCGUGUCCAAUCAACAGUCAUAUUGAAAGGAACUAUACGGACUGUGGUGUUACUUGUCAGUCUCGUAACAACACAUCGAAUUGCACAAUAAAAUCAGUUGGUUGUGUGUGUGAUCCCGGUUAUUUCCGCGAAACGAUUGCCGGAUUAUGUGUUCGAGAAUGCGAUUGCGGCUGUGUAGAUGCAUCAUCUGGUUAUCAUCAGCUAAACUCAGUAUGGAAUGGAACAUGUGCUACGUAUGUCUGCAAUCCAGGUGGUGUGAUCACACAAAUAGGAACAAUUUGCAAUACGAAUGCUUUACCCACACCAACGAAUGGUGAUUGGAGUGCUUGGACAGAUCCAGCAGUAGUCGUUUGUUCGGCAACUUGUGGCAAUGGUUCAAGGCCACAAUAUCGCACUUGCACAAAUCCAGUGCCAGCAAAUGGUGGUCUAUAUUGUAACGGUUCGGGCGUACAAUUACUUAGAUGUGCAACGAAUAUCCUUUGUCCGGGAACGGACACUUGGUCGGGUUGGUCCACAUGGAGUUCAUGUAGUGUUUCUUGUGGAAACGGAAUACGGACGGCCUAUCGAAACUGUACAAGCGCGUCCGUCGACGGAUCGGGUUCUGUGUCUUGCAGUGGAUCAAGUAUCAAUACGAUGAGUUGCUAUGCGGGAGCUUGUCCUAUCGAAGGGGUAUGGACUAGUUACAGUAGCUAUUCAACAUGCUCAGCUAUUUGUGGCUAUGGCUUACAAGCUAGUUAUCGUGAUUGUGUCAAUGAAACAGCUGGUGGACUAUCAUGCUCUGGUUACGGUUUACAAUUUCGUAAUUGUUCCGGAUACAAUAGCUCGUACCAGUGUAAUGAGAUUGGUUAUUGGAGUAAUUGGACUAGUUUUGGUGCUUGCUCAGUUUCGUGUGGUGUUGGUUAUCAAUAUCAAACACGGCAGUGCCUUGGCGCAGGUUUUGGUUGCAUUGGUGAUGCAAUCAAUAUAACAACUUGUAAUACAAGUAUAAUUUGUCCAGUCGAUGGAAAUUGGAUAACGUGGACGACUUGGUCUUCAUGUCCGGCAACAUGUGGCACUGCGUCAGUCUAUAGAACGCGUAAUUGUACUGGUGCAUUAAAUGGUGGUGUUUGUUUGGGUUCAGCACUUGAUACACAAUUGUGUGAUACAAACGUUACCUGUGUCGUCAAUCCAUUCAAUGCAACAAAUGGCGGCUACACUGUUUGGUCGGUAUGGAGUGCUUGUUCUACGACAUGUGGCACAGGCGUUCAAGUGCAAACUAGAGCUUGUACAAAUCCGUUGCCAAGCUAUGGUGGUAGUUAUUGUGUUGGAUCGCCUAUCAAUAUCACAUCCUGUAAUUCAUCACAAACAUGUCCGAUCGAUGGUAAUUGGGCGACUUGGUCAAAUUUUUCGCAAUGUAGUGGUACUUGUGGUAAUGGUACGAGAGCGCGUGUGCGUAUUUGUGGCAGUCCGGCACCAGCAAACGGUGGUCAACAAUGCGAUGGAUCAACAGUUGAAACAGAAAUAUGUUCGACUGGCAUCGACUGUCCUGUCGAUGGUGUCUGGGGAUCGUGGAGUGCUGUGUCAGCUUGUGUAGGUACUUGCGGCAAUGGUACCAGGGUCCGAACGCGUACAUGUACUCUUCCACUUGGAGGUGGUCUUAUGUGUAUCGGCGCAACAAGACUAGAAGAAACGUGUGAUCUCAACAGGCCGUGCCCUGCCAAUGGUGAGUGGAGCGCAUGGAGUAAUUAUUCAGCGUGCAGUGCAACUUGCGGCACAGGUGUUUAUACACGAGUUCGUGAAUGUAAUAAUCCAACGCCAAAUUAUGGUGGUGAUCAAUGUAUUGGUUCACCCAUUGAAACCGCUUAUUGUCAAUCGAAUGUAUCAUGUCCAGUCGAUGGCGCAUGGACUCUAUGGACAGAUUGGUCUAGUUGUUCGUUGAAUUGUUCCGGAGGUACACAAACGCGAACAAGAAAUUGUACAAAUCCACCGCCAGCCAACAAUGGAGCUCCCUGUACUGGAUCAAACUAUCAAUAUCAAACAUGUAACGAUCAAAUUCCUUGUAUUGUUCUAAGUGCAAACAAUCCCACGAAUGGAACUUGGUCUGAUUGGGCGAUCUGGGGAACAUGUGCAGGCACUUGCGGUAAUGGAACCCGAGCUCGGUAUCGUAAUUGUACGGGACAAACGAAUGGUGGAAAUCCAUGCAUCGGUGUACCUCUGGAAUAUCAAGCAUGUGCAACUAAUAUAACUUGCCCAAUCGAUGGUGGUUGGUCCAACUAUACUGAAUAUGGGCCCUGUUCAGUGACAUGUGCUAAUGGAACGCAGAUACGCACACGUACCUGUAAUACACCUUUACCGCAAUAUGGAGGUUUACAAUGUAUCGGCGAUUCAAAAGACAUACGAACUUGUGCAACGAAUAUUUCUUGUCCAAUCGAUGGCGGCUGGUCAAACUGGACCGAAUCAGCGUGUUCAUCGACAUGUGGUGUAGGUUACCGACUUCGAUUCAGAAAUUGUUCGAAUCCAUCGCCACAGUUUGGUGGUAUAACUUGUAUUGGUUCAGCAGUUAAUACUAUUCUAUGUAAUAUAUCUAAUGUCACCUGUCCAGUGUUGGGAAUCUGGAGUGAAUGGUCAAAUGCAACUAAUUGUUCAGUUUCUUGUGGAUACGGUAUUCGAAUCCGUAAUCGAACAUGUUUACCAGCUGGCUCAAUAAGUUGUGUUGGUACUUCCGUUCUUGUUGAAGCAUGCGAUUCCGGAUUUGUCUGUACUACUCCAGCACCAUGGAAUUCAACCAAUGGAAACUGGAGCCAGUGGUCUGAUUGGUCAGCAUGUUCUGCAAGUUGCGGAAAUGGCACUCAAUAUCAGACAAGAGCAUGUAAUACUUCCUCUCCAGCCCUUGGUGGUUCCUUGUGUUCCGGUGAUGCUUUACGAAUACAAAGUUGCAAUACAAACGUUAGCUGCCCGGUCAAUGGCAAUUGGAGUGAAUGGGGAAGUUACUCAUCUUGCAGCACAACAUGUGGUCCAGGCAUCCAUACUCGAAUUCGCUAUUGUAAUAAUACGAAUAAUUUCGAGGAGUUAUGUAUUGGACAUGCUUUGGAAACGGCAGUAUGUAACGAGAACAGAACAUGUCCUGCGGCAGGUAUUUGGGGAAAUUGGACUACGUGGAGUGUAUGCAGUGGCACGUGUGGAAUUGGACUUCAAGUUCGAACACGAAAUUGUACAGUGGUAGUGGGAGGCGAACAAUGUUCUGGUUCAUCCUUGCAAGCACAGGAAUGUGAGACGAAUAUCACAUGUCCAGUCGACGGCGGAUGGGGAAGUUGGACAAGUUGGACAAAUUGUUCAUCGACAUCAUGCGCUAGUGGUAGUCAAUAUCGUUUUCGUACAUGUGAUUCACCUCAGCCUUCAAAUGGUGGACAAUUAUGUGCGGGUAAUGCAAUGGAAACAGCAAUCUGUAAUGGAUCAGGUACAUGUCCAGUAGAUGGCAAUUGGAUUAGUUGGAGUACCUGGACCGUAUGUUCAUCAACUUGUGCUGGUGGCCGACGAUAUCGUAAUCGGACUUGUUCCAAUCCUGUGCCUUCUAGUGAUGGCAUACCUUGCGUUGGAUCAUCUGUCGAAGUCGAUGGUGGAUGUGGCAAUACCACUUGCGCUGCAAGUCCUACUAUCAGUAAUGGUGUCUGGACAAGUUGGUAUACUUGGUCUGAAUGUGCAGCAACAUGCGGACUAGGUAUUAGACGACGAGUACGUAAUAUUUUUGUUACUGUUCGAAACUGUAGUACAAUGGGUCUACCAUGUGUUGGCUCGAAUUACGAGAUCGAAUCUUGUGAUUCGUUGAUUGGUUGUCCUGUCGAUGGCAUCUGGAGCGAUUGGAGUACUUAUUCUGAAUGUACUGCUUCAUGCGGUAGUGGUACACAAACACGCACAAGAUUGUGUACUGAUCAAUCGAAUGGUGGACAGCCGUGUUUUGGUUCAGCUACACAAACAAUUACUUGUUCCACAAAUAUCAAUUGCCCGAUCAAUGGUCAAUGGACGACAUGGAGUGAACAGAGUCCUUGCUCAGUAACAUGUGGCACUGGAGUUACUGUUCGUACACGUACUUGCGCACAAAUAAUACCAACAUUUGGCGGUGUAUCAUGUCCUGGCUCUUCAACGCUUACAGAAACAUGUACUGCUUCGCAAAAUUGUCCAAUUGACGGAGCAUGGAGUUCAUGGAAAGACUGGUCAGCUUGUUCGGCCACUUGCGGCAAAACUGCAACCAAAUACACCACACGUGUUUGUGAUAACCCGCAACCAUUAUAUGGAGGCAACGGUUGUGAUGGAGUAGCAUUCAAUGUAACCUCCUGUCCUGAGCUGAUCGAUUGUUCUAUAUGUCCAGUCAGUCAAGUGUACAUCAAUUCGACUAAUACAAUAUGUCCUACACUUUGCUCGGACCCGACAAACACAACAUGGUGUCUGUCACAACUACCAGGAUGUAUGUGUCGAUCACCAUAUGCAUGGAAUAGUGCAACAAAUUCAUGUAGUCUAUGGUGUGAUUGCGGUUGUUACGGAUUGAAUAAUACGCGACAUGCCCUUGGGACUGUUUGGAUGGAAAAUUCAUGUCGUACCUAUCAAUGUAUGAAACCGAAUAAUACUGCUGAUACGACUCCGAAAGCAAUGUUGAUAUCCAGCAAUUGUUCAAAUUGUUCAUAUUUCAGUUGGACAGCAUGGUCAACAUGCAGUGCGCUAUGCGGCUUGGGCACACAAACACGGCAACGAUCUUGCUUAUACUUGAAUUCGUUUACACCAUGUGAUACUUGCGCAGGUGUUAAUAAUCAAUCACAAAUAUGUCAGAAUUCACUAUGUGAAGUCUGUCAAUUCGGUCCAUUUGUACCUGCUACGACGUGUACGAAAACAUGUGGCAACGGUACACAAGUAGUAAAUCGAACAUGUUACAAUAUUGCGUCAUCAGAUGCAUCAAUUCCUAUACCUUGUUCCAAUUCAAGCGCCUGCGGCACAUUCACAAACACUACUGCAUUGUGUAAUACAUAUAUUUGCAACGUUUGUACAUGGUCAGCAUGGGCGAAUAGCCAAUGUACUGUGACAUGCGGUCAAGGUACAUACGUUCGGCAACGAACUUGUAUCAAUAAUCAGGGUGCAAGCUGCACGACGUGCACUCCUAGCUCAUCAACGAACGGACCUCGGCCAUGCUACUAUCCCAGUUGUACAUCAAGACGACGACGACGAAGCAUCAUAGACUGGUUUGCUUCUUGGUUUGACGAUUAA